AUGAGCUAUUACCAUGGGACUAUUCCAGGGUCACCGCCGGCCGUUCCCUGUCCUUCAUUGCCGCCUCGCCAUCCUUACCUUGCCAGGGGACCGCCUUCUCCUCCUCGAAUCCCUCCCCGGCCCUCUGCUUCUCCUCAUCCACCCGCGCACUCUAGGCCUCCGGUUCCGCCUCGCCCGACGGUUCCUCCGCGGCCUCCCCGACCACCUCGAGAUCAGGAACCUUCCCCUCCUGCUCGUCAAUCUUCUCGGUCACGCAGAAUAUGCCCCAAAGGAAUAUACGUGGAUUGGUGUACCUGGUAUAACAUUGACUCUGUACCGGGGUUCAACAUUUGCGAAGAAUGUUAUACAAGCCAUGUACAGCGAACAGCAUUUGGGGAUCGUUUCAAGCCACGCCCCGGGACACAGCCUGGGAUGCUGACAUGCUGCGACUUCAAUCGCCCCCGGAUGCUACAGGUCUGGGACGAGGCGGUGAGCGCGAGGAAUCUCGAUGUAGCUCUCUCAUAUAUGGCACGGCGCGUCAAAAUACCGGCGUGUCACGGUCUGCAAGGGGUGAAAGGAGGACAGGGGCUGAAGUGGUAUUCAAAUCAUGAUUUGGCGGAAUUCGUCGCGUGCGAAGCCUGCUACGAAGAUAUCGUCUGUUCGACGUCUUUUGCCGCUUAUUUCACACUCAAUCUUCACCAGCAUGCUCCUGGCGAUACCUGGGUCUGUGAUAUUGCCCAUCCAUGUUUUGGAACAGCUCUCACGGAGUAUUCAAGACAAGGGUACUGGCGCGGAUUUGUGGAUAUCUGGAGGCUCCGGCAGAGUAUUCCAGGUUGUCCGGGAGACGGCCUCCAGAGCGCGACCGCGAGGAAGUGGUUCAAACCCAGGUCGUACAUUCCGGAUGCAUACGUCUGCGAUGCAUGCUAUCAUGACCACAUCGUUUUCUCCGGAUGGGCAGACCUUUUCGAACCGGUGCAGACGUCUUUCAUGUCUCACGCUACUCAGCAAUGGAAGUGCUGCCUGGCCAUUAGCAAGAUAAAGCUUACAUGGGAUGUCAUGCUGGAAGAGAAGCUGCCGUUCCAAGUAUGGUGGGAGGCCACCAGAGUCGUGGCGACAACUGCAGCAUGCACGGCGGAAGGCGUUGAAUAUGACGGGUGGUAUGUUCUUGCGGAGGGGUGUGAAAACUUCGAUAUAUGCCCCGGCUGCUUCUACUGCUGGGUCCGUCCAUGGCCAUCGUUCGCCCAGAAGUUCAAGCUGCGGCGCUACCCGCCUGGGUCUGCCCGAAUCUGCGACUUCACAGACGGUGCCCCUCGGGCUCGCGAGUUCAGGGUGAAGUUCGCUCGAGCCGUCGACAUGGACGACUACUGCGUCUUCGCAGACUACGUCAAAGUCAAGGCGAACAUGCCCAUCUGUCGUGGGUCGACUGCAGUCACCAAUUCCAGGUGGUGGGGCAUCCCAGGGGCGUUCACCGCUUGCGAAGAAUGCUACACCGACGUUGCCAAAGGUACUGCUUUGGACAACGAAAUCACAGCGCGUGCCGAGUUUGUGGAGAAAGGAUGCAUGUGCGAGCUGUACUCCCCGCGGAUGCGCGCACUCUGGAAGGAAGCGUGCGAGAAGCGCGAUAUCACGCUGUUCACCACGUUCGCGCAGCACCGUCGCCAGGUGUACGAGGCCACGGUGCCGCGCUGCCAGUUCAUCGUCGCGUUGACGAAGGCGCGCGCGUCCAUUAAGACCACGAAUUUGAUAGCGUCGUCGAUGGUCAUGGGCGGGGACAGAAUCGUAGGGGCGAGCAUGACCGGGCAUCAUGCGCAUUACGGGAAUUCGUCGGUGGGGUAUGGGUGGAAUACGAUGGCGGGAGCGCAUGCUGCGCAGCAGAGCCAAGCGGCUAUGGGCAUGUCGAUUGUGAGCGGCGGAGAGAUGAUGGAGGUUGCGCAGUUGGAAGCUAUGUGGAAGCAAGUAGAAUGA